GUGUAGGCGGAAGGCAAAGCUUCCCACAGGCUCCGGCACAACAAGCUACCAGGCUGAAAACCACAACUCCCAGAAUGCCACUCGGAGGGGGGCAGGAACCGGAAGUUGGCCCGGAGGCGGGGCCUGACGUGCGCCGCCGAGACUGCGCGAGAGGACAGAAGACUAAGCACAUGGACUGGAAAUUGGAAGGGAGUGCUCGGAAAACAGACUCACGCGUGCUGCAGGAGCAAGAAGUCAUCCUAGAGGACACAGGUGAAGACAGCAUCUCUGAAAGCUUCCAGCUUCUACAGAUUGAUGUGGAAUGUGAGCAUCUGGAGGGAGAGACACUGCCCACAGGCAGUGCAAUGUGGUGCUCAAAAAAUGUCCAAAGAAAACAGAGACACUGGGAAAAGAUAGUUGCAGCAAAGAAGAGCAAAAGAAAGCAAGAAAAAGAAAGAAGAAAGGCCAAUCGUGUAGAAAAUUCAGGCAUCUGCCCCCAGCACAGCAAACGUUUUCUGAGAUCCUUAACCAAGGAGAGACUUUUGGAAGCCAAACACUCAGGACCAAGACUCUGUAUUGAUUUGAGUAUGACCCACCACAUGUCUAAGAAGGAGUUAAGUAGACUGGCUGGACAGAUCCGAAGGUUGUAUGGUUCAAAUAAAAAAUCUGACAGGCCAUUUUGGAUCUACCUCACUGGAUUCACAACAGACAGUCACCUGUAUGAAGAGUGUUUGAGGAUGAAUGAUGGAUUUUCUAGUUACCUGCUAGACAUAACAGAGGAAGACUGCUUUAGUUUAUUUCCUCUGGAAACCCUUGUGUACCUGACUCCUGAUUCAGAACAUGCUCUUGAAGAUGUUGAUCUAAACAAAGUUUACAUCCUUGGUGGACUUGUGGACGAAAGCAUCCAGAAGUUCUGCAAGGAUAACUCUGAUCUUGACCAAGGAAGCAUUGAUUCAGCAUUCUUACCACCUAAUUGUUUUUUAUGAGAGUGGAGUUUGUUCCUUCUUAGGCCGUCUUUUCUGCUGACAUAAGUUUUAUCCUAUAAUUUUGAUGUCAGUAAGACUGCAGAUUUCUUUUGUUGAGUUGGAAUUUUAUUGGAAUAAUUGGAGUUUUGAAAUAUGUUUCUAUUAUACACACAUUUGUUGAGAUAAUUGUUAUUAGUUUAUAUCACUAAUUAACAUAUUGCAUACGCAAUAAAUAAUGAUAUAAUAAGGUGUAUAAAAAGAACUACAGUGAGAAAUAAGUCUCCCUCCUAUCCUUGUCCUACAGUGCCCCCCACCUGAGCCAACCACUAUUUUCUUGUGUAUACUUCUUGAUAUAAUCUAUGAUCACACAAGUAUUUGUGGGUAUAUUACAUAUAUGUAUUUUUUAAUAUAUGUGAGUGUAUUUUGGAUAUUUUUUCAUAUCUGUAGAGAUAUACACACAUAUUUAAUACAGGUGAUACUUUUUUUAAAAUUUUCUUAAUGUUUUAUUUAGUUUUGACUGAGAGAGAGAGACACAGAGCAUGAGCGGGGGAGGGGCAGAGAGAGAGGGAGACACAGAAUCCAAAGCAGGCUCCAGGCUCUGAGCUGUCAGCACAGAGCCUGAUGCGGGGCUCGAACUCACAGACCGCAACAUCAUGACCUGAGCCGAAGUUGGACACUCAACUGACUGAGCCACCCAGGCACCCCAAUACAGGUGAUACUUAACUGAAUUGCAUUUAUUCUAAAAAAGUUAGUGUUCUGGGGUGCCUGUGUAGCUCAGUUGGUGGAAUGUCUGACUCUUGGUUUUGGCUCAGGUCAUAAUCCCAGGGUCGUGGGAUCGAGCUCCUCAUUGGGCUCUGUGCUGAGUGUGGAGCCUGCUUAGGAUUCUCUCUCCCUCCCUGUCUCUCCCUCUGCCACUCUCCCCCACUCUCUCUCUCAAAUAAAUAAAAUGAAAAAAAAAAAAAAGGUCAGCAUUCCAUGAUUCAUAGUGAUAAUCUAAAAAACAGGUGGGGGGUGGAGAUAGAAGAAUGCUAGAAUGCUGGGUAUUAGGAGCGCCUGGGUGGCUCAGUCAGUUAAACAUCUGACUCUUGAUCUCGGCUCAGGUCAUGAUCUCAUGGUUUGUGAGACGCAGCCUCGCAUCAGGCUCUGCACUGACAGCGCAGAGCUUGCUUGGGAUGCUCUCUCCCUCUCUAUGUCUGUCCCCUGCUCGCGCGUACCCUCUUUCUCUCUCAAAAUAAAUAAGCAUUAAAAAAAAAAAAAAAAAGAA